AUGGGGAAGACCAAGUUCUACCUCACAGGAUUGCAACACUUUAACCUCGUCACCGAUCAUCGCCCUCUAGUUCCCAUCCUAAACAGCUACUCCCUUGACGCUAUAGAGAAUCCACGUCUACAACGCCUCAAGGAGAAGAUCGCCCCGUACAUCUUCACAGCUGUAUGGCGCCCGGGCAAGGAGUUGUGUAUCCCGGACGCUCUAUCUCGCUCUCCUGUUGGCUACCCAACGCAGGCUGACGAAGUCCUUGGCACUGAUACCGGCUUCCAAGUUAGGAGUAUCGCUACACUACGUGCGAUGGAGUCUCUUGCUCCGUUGGUGCCUCCUGAUGUUGCAGAAGCACCUCCUGGCAGUGGCCUUGCCCUUGAGGAGCUUCGUAAGGUGGCAACCGAAGACCCCGAGUCCGUCCAGCUCCUUCAUUUUGUGAAGAACGGAUUCCCUAUGGACAGGUACGCCCUCCCCAACGUGCUCCGCCCAUACUGGAAGUUACGGGAGGACCUCUACUGUGAUGAGGAUCUCCUCUACGUCGCCACCAAGCGCCGUGCUAGGCAGGCUGUGUUCUGGCCAGGCGUGGAUGCAGACAUUGCCAACACUGUUCGAGCAUGUGAGCCGUGCCAGAUUCUGCAGCCCAGUCAACAGCAAGAACCAAGACUCUGUGAUGACAACCCAACUCGACCAUUCGAGUCCAUUUCUGCUGAUAACUUCUCAGUUGCAGGGAAGGCUUUCUUAGUCAUUGCAGAUCGUCUUUCCGGCUGGCCUGUCGUCGUGUCCUGUGGCGCUGAUACGACGUCUGCUGCCACCAUUCGCCACUUCCGCCGCCUCUUCAGGGACCUGGGUGUUCCUGUACGCCUGCGCACGGACGGUGGCCCACAGUUCGCCAGCCGGGAGUUUUCUACGUUCCUCGAGCGCUGGGGAGUCCGUCACGACACAUCGACGCCCCAUUACCCACAGUCUAACGGCCAUGCCGAGUCUGCAGUGAAGGCCGUGAAGCACUUCAUCCAGAAGGUGGCACCGUCUGGCAAUAUAGACUGUGAGGCGUUCGACAGGGGUCUCCUGGAGCUUCGGAACACCCCCAACCAGACGGGUCGCUCUCCAGCUCAAGUCCUGUAUGGUCGCCCUUUACGCUCUUGCGUCCCCGCACAUGCCAGCGCCUUCCAGAAACAGUGGCAGGCCAGGGACGAGAGUUGCGACCGUCGAGCUGCUGCCCGUCUCCGUGAUGCCACAAGUCGCUACGACGCUCACGCUCGGCCUCUUCCACCCCUGCAGCGAGGUGACGUGGUUCGGAUCCAGGACCCGACUACGCAGCGGUGGGACAAGGUUGGCACCAUCAUGGGCGUUGGCAGGUCACGGGAUUACCUGCUCAAGAUGCCCAGUGGCCGAGUGUGGUGGAGGAACAGGCGCUUCCUCCGCCCUGCUCCACCCCUAAACGCUUCUUCUACGAUGGAGGACGCCACUGCUCCUUGGCGGCACCUGAUACGGUGGUGCCCCGCAGGUCGCCACGACUCCAGGAGAAGGCGUCCGCAGCUGCAGUCGCUCGAGUCCCUGUGGACUUCUGAGCGCAGAAGGGGGGGGGGGGGGGAGAUCAGCAAUAGUGGCAUCAUGAACAACAGCAGCAGUGGCGGUGGCGUGGAGUUGGUGCAGCGGGAAUUAAAACAGCCUUUCAUUACAGCUUAUGUAGAUGAAGACUGGCGUUCAGGCGGCGGCAGGCGAGGCAAACAUUUAGUGACCAUCUAG